AUGAGCUUCGCAUCUUGGAGAUUUGUUUUCUAUAUUGUUGUGUUUAGUUUAGUGGCCAUAUUUUUAGACAUAAGGACAGAUGCAACUCUGGAAGGUUCCUCUAUGGGGUACCUGAGUCUGCCUCAGGAGCCAGCGGUGUUGCCACGUAUCGCUGGUAUAUCCGAUGUGAAGGCGACUCAUGAAGGCCACCCACUUGUCUCUCGACGGAAAAGGAACAUCCUUUUCCCGAGUGGAGUCAAGCUGUGUGCACAGGAGACCGUUGAGCAAGUUGCUGCAAACCAUCUGAGCUACUUUCACCUCAGAGUGUGCCAGGAGACCAUAUGGGAGGCUUUCAAGAUCUUCUGGGACCGACUGCCAGAGCAAGAAGAGUACCAGAGCUGGAUGAACCAAUGCCAGGAGGGUUUAGUCACUGCAAAAGAUAUUGGCAGCUACUUCAGCCAGUCAGAGGAGCAUCAGACUCUGGUUAAAAAGAGAAUGUCAUUGCAAGGUUUGAAAAGUGAGCCCACCAGGUCCUGGCAGCAUAUGUGCAGCACUCCAACGCCUCACACACGAGAGGCCAUCGAAGCUCCUGAGCUCGAAGAAACAGCUGAAGAAGAGGCGGAAGAUGCAACGGAAAUCUUACCAGAGGUGGAGGAGAAUCCACUGGACAACGACAUUGCGGUGCAGCCUCCCACCCCCGCUGUUCUGGAGCAGGUGGUGGAGCUGAGCAUCCUCCUGACCGGGGAGAUGUACAACGCCGACCUCGACGAUCCGGCCAGCUUCCAGUACCAAACGCUCAGCAGGCAGCUCGCUGAAAAGAUUGAGGACGCUCUGCAGAAGCUUCCCGGAUUUAAGAGCGUGUCUGUGAUCGACUUCAGACCGCAGACUGACGCCCAGGGGCUGGAUGGUGUGGUGGUGGACUAUGCGGUCACAGUGGUGGUGGAUGGAGCUGGAGUGAGCAAUGAACAGUUGGACUACCUGACGCUGCAGUCAAACCGGGUGGAGAACUCGUACCGUCAGAUCAAGGAGCACUCCACGGAGGUCUACGCCAUCAGCGAGGUCAAAAACGUUCUCACCGAAGCCCUUCACAACAACGAGCAGGAGAGCGUGUCUGAGAUUCCUGAGUCUGUCAACACUGCAGACGAAGCCACGGUCACUGCUGUUGAUGAGCCACCAGAGGACUUGACCCUGGAAGAGGACAUCGACGAUUACGUCCUUCCUCAACCCUCCGAAACCAAUACAGUGGCAACAGCCGAAAAUGAUGUUACUGUCCUGGAGGAGAGUGAACCUCUUCCUCCUACUCCUAUACUGACCACUAUUGCACCUGAAGCUGGCAGCAUUGAGGAGGAGGGUCUGUUGCUGGAGGACACUGUGCAGACUCCUGCUGCAGAAAACCCUCCGACUGAACAACUCCCAGCUGAGCUUCCCACCCCUGAGCUGCCAGGGAGCGCCACACUGCCUGAACCGCCAGUUGAAAUCGAGGCCUCUGGUUCAGGUCCAAAUGACCUGGAAGGUCUAUUGGAACCAUCUACAACCACUGCAGAAGGAGAAGAAGAAGAAGCGCCCCUUGAGGAGACUACUUCGGAGAAUGUGCUGACAACAGAAGAAGUCGGCAUCAAUGCAGAUGUUACUUUAGAAGUGGAAGCUGCAGAAGUUGAGGUUGCUGCAGUGCAAGAAGAACCUACUACUGCAGUAGAGAUCCCAGAAGACCUUGAGAUCUCCACAAUCACAACUGUGACCACAGAAGAAGAAAGCCUGCCUGCAGAGGUUCCUCUUCCAGAGGUUGUAGAGAUAGCAAGUGAAGCACUGGAGCCAGAAGCAGCAGAAACGGGUCCAAUUCCAGUGGAGGAGACACCAGAAGAGUCAAUCCUCCCUGAUGUUCCACCUGAUGGGGUGGUUAACUCCAAACACCCUGAGGAAGAUUCAGCCAGUAAUGUGGUUUUGACCAAUCCUGAUGUACCUUCAUCUGAAGUGGAUGUCGUGGAAGAAGCUGAAGAGAGCGAGGUGAAGGAAGAGACUGCACCUGCUGCACCUGAAGCUCCGGUUGUAGAAGAAGAGGCAGUAAAAGCUCCAGAGAUCUCAACAGAAGAUCUUACAGAGGAUGAGAUCUUACCAGUGAACAAAUAUGAACCAGAACCGGCACUUACAGAUUCACCAAACCCUGCCCAACCGACUGCCCUGUCUCCAGAGAUAGAGUCACCUUUCACUCGUGUCUCUGACAUCAGCCCAGAAUCUGAAGAACACCCUGACAUAAUUAUCCCUGCGCUAGUGGAGAUUCAGACCACCAAUGGAGGCUUGGAUGAUGCCACCAUUGGAGACCAUAGUUUUGGUGUGGUUCAUUACGGUUACGGUCCCAUUAACCACACAGAGGAGGGCAGCACUGGAUUUCCAAUCGGUGUGUCACAUGGCACAGACCAGGCCAGCAUCGCUAUGCCUGUAAACCCUGGACGAGCUCUGAUGGUGUUCUUCAGCCUGAGGGUGACCAACAUGAUCUUCUCUGAGGAUCUCUUUAAUAAGAGUUCUCCAGAGUACAAGGCUUUGGAGCAACGCUUCCUUGAGUUGCUUGUGCCCUACCUCCAAUCCAACCUGACCCACUUUGAGAACCUGGAGAUCCUGAACUUUAGAAAUGGGAGCAUUGUGGUCAACAGCCGGAUGAAAUUUGGACGGCCUGUGGCUCAAGGCGUCACCACCACUGUCUACCUGAUCUUGGAGGACUUCUGUAACACCGCCUACCAGACCAUGAACCUGGCCAUCGAUAAGUACUCGCUGGACGUUGAGUCGGGUGACCAGGCCGAUCCCUGUAAGUUCCAGGCAUGCAACGAAUACGCAGAGUGUAAAGUGAACAAGUGGUCGGGGGAGGCAGAGUGCGUCUGCAACGCUGGCUACUUCAGCGUGGACGGCCUGCCCUGUCAGAGUAUCUGUGAGCUGCAGACAGACUUCUGCCUGAAUGACGGCAAGUGUGACAUCAUCCCCGGCCAGGGAGCCAUCUGCAGAUGUCGCGUCGGGGAGAACUGGUGGUACAGAGGAGAGCACUGUGAGGAAUACGUGUCCGAGCCACUGGUGGUCGGCAUAGCGAUCGCCUCUGUAGCUGGCUUCCUACUGGUGGCCUCCGGAGUCAUCUUCUUCCUGGCCAGAACGCUACGAGACCAGUAUGACAAGGACGAGUCUGAGGACCCCAUAAGACGAGCAGAGAGCCUCCCGUCUUUGGAGAGGGCGACCAAGUACAACCCCAUGUACGAAAGCGAGGCCACCACGGGCUACAGCCACUACUACCGCCGCUAUCCUGAGGCCCCUGUGUACAGCAGUGCCAGCGCUGAGGCCUCCACCGACUUCAGCAGCGAGGAGAUACGACACAUCUAUGAGAACAGCGAACUGACCAAGGAGGAAAUCCAAGACAGGAUACGCAUCAUUGAACUCUACGCUAAGGACCGGCAGUUUGCAGACUUCGUACGGCAUCAUCAAGCAGUCCUGGACACCCGCAGAGAGAGCUCCUCUACGCAGACAUGA